CAAAGACGACGCUGGGAAAACAACUCGUACACUAUCAAUAUGUCGGAAAAGACAGCAACGAAGCCCGUUACACCUGCAAAGAAAGAGCCAACUGAGAACAAAACUCCAACACCGGUAAAACCUAAACCACAACAGGAUGGGAAUAAACAUCAUGACCAACAGAACAGAAAUCGUGGUGGAGGUGUCGGUGGUGGUGGCGGUGAUCGAGGUGGCCAUGGAGGACCACGGCGUGGCGGUGGCGGCGGAGGAGGUCGCGGACGAUUUAACAAUAAUCGUAACUAUUCCCAGGGCGGAGGAGGCGGAGAACGCCAUUCUCAUGCAGGACACAAAAAUCAGCCGGAGGUAGAUUCCAACGAUGAUCCGUCUGGACCAAAAGAAGAUUUAAAAUUCACGGGAAGAUGCCGUCUCUUUGUUGGAAAUUUGACGCCAGAUGUAACUGAAGAAGAGUUCAAGGGAAUGUUCACAAAAUUUGGCGAAAUAUCAGAACUCUUUGUUAAUGGAGCAAAGGGGUUUGGAUUCAUCCGGAUGGACUAUAGACACAAUGCAGAAGCAGCAAAGGCAGCCCUAGAUGGAACACAGAGGAAAGGACGUAGUCUCAGAGUUCGAUUUGCAAAUCAUGGAGCUGCAAUCCGAGUUAAGAACCUAUCUCCAUUUGUAUCCAAUGAGCUUUUGCACCAGUCCUUCUCACAGUUUGGUGACAUUGAAAGAGCCAUUGUUUGUGUGGAUGAUAGAGGAAGGUCAUCAGGAGAAGGAAUAAUAGAGUUCGCUAGAAAACCAGGUGCCAGUCAAGCCAUGAAGAGAAUCAAUGAAGGAGUUUUCCUCAUGUCAGCUUACCCAAGACCAGUUUUUGUGGAGCCCUUGGAGCAAAAGGAUGAAGAAGAUGGUCUGCCAGAGAAAUUCUUGCCUAGAAAUGAACAUUGCAGAAAAGACAGAGAAAAGGAGCCUAGAUUUGCUCCACCAGGUUCUUUUGAAUACAGAUUUGCACAGCGAUGGAAGGAAUUAGAUGAGCUGGAGAAACAGCAACAUGAGAGAGUAAAGCAAGAAAUGGAAGAUGCACGAAUCAAACUGGAAGCAGAGAUGGAGGGUGCCAUGUACGAGUUCCAAGCUGAACAAAUCAGAGCAGAUCUGUUAAGACAACAGGAAGAACUUCAAAGAAUUGAGGAAAUGAGACAAGAACAGAUGAGGCGUAGACAAGAAAUGGACAUGCGAAAUGCCAAUUAUUUCAGUCGACAAGAUGAUAAUAGGAUGGUAAGAGAAGAAGAAGAGAGACGCAGAGAGAUGAUAAUGAGGGGAGAAGGAAGUGGUAUGAGAGGAGGAAGAGGACCAAUGGACAGAAGCGGUCAGAUGGAACAGCCGGGAAUGAGAGGCGAUGGAAUGCGUGGAGACGGAAUGCGUGGCGAUGGGAUGCGUGGAGAAGGCAUGCGUGGUGAAGGAAUGCGAGGUGAAGGAAUGCGCGGCGAUGGGAUGCGAGGAGAAGGCAUGCGUGGUGAAGGACAGCGGGGUCGUUCUGGAGGGCCUCCACCUGUACCACCACCUCCAGCCCCUCCUGCUGCCAUGGGCAUUGAAAAUAGACAACAGAAUGAGGGAUCAAUGGGAAGUGGCUUUGGAGGAGGAUCUGGUGGGAACAUGGGCAGUGGAGGUAUGGGUGGCAGCCAGGGGUCAAUGCAAGGUCAAAGCCAAGGAAUGGGAGGUCAAGGCCAGGGAAUGCGCCAAUCAAGAUUUGAUCAACAAGGUGGUAACUACGGAAAUGGAAACUUUGGGGGCCGUGGGGGUAUGGGAGGCCAGGGCGGGGGUAUGUCUGGAGGAAAUGGAGGUGGUGGUAUGCAGGGGGGUGGCAACAUGUACGGAGGUGGGGGUAUGAGUGGAAAUAUGGGAGGUGGACGUGGUGGUAUGAAUGAACGCAGGCGCCAAGAGGCUGGAGGACCCCGUGACGACUAUGGAGAUAUGAAGAGAAUGCGCCGGUAUUAGUUCUUGAAUUAAUAGACUCUGCAGGCUUGCUGAGGGAUAUAAAUUGCUUUAGAGAAAAUAUAGACAUGUCAAUAAAGAAGUUUAAACUUCUUAUAAAACAGCAAUCAUGAUCAGCCAGUGUCAGUAGCAGUUAAAUAGCUUGACAUUAUGUGUUGGAAGAGUACAUUGAAAAAAACUUUGAAAAGUGGAAGAGAAAGACUGGAAAAAAUUACAGCCAGUUGUUUCUUUUUUAUGCAUUGAUUGCAGUCAAAGAUAAUACAGAUAUGUGUGGAAGUGACAUGAACAUUGAAUUAUCACUUUAGAUAUCGUAAGAUAUUGUCUCUGUGUAUGUCGAUUGAAUUGAAUUCAUCAUUUGAUAUCAUUCAUUGUAAUAUAUCCAUCUUUAUUUUGUGUUGUGUCCUUCAUCAUUUUAACUCUAUGUUUCAUUUUAUACUUAUUGGACAAGGAUCCAUAAUCAUGUUGUUACAACAUUGAAAAGAAAUAGCAUUCAUUAUGAUAAUGGUCUCUCCUGAUGUCCUAUUCAUGUCAAUUCAUUAGAAAGACGUAAUCCAUAAUUCUAGAUUGUCAUACCCAAACAACCAUUAUUUUACUAUUUGAAGAUGUAUCCAUUGGUAAUGUAAAAAAAAAAAUGUCAAAAGAAAUAAAAUAUUGUACCUAUAAACUUACUGCUGUAUAUUAUAUUAUAAUGGCCGACUGGAGAUUAUCAGACUGACCCAGUCAAAAAUUUGGACAGGGCAUGUUAUGGUGUAGCGUCCGUCUGUCCAUCAGUCAUCAGCUGUUUUAGCCUAGAUAUCUACUGUCUCAGAUUUUAAGCAGAGUCCUGGUAUACUUAAUAAAAAGUUUUGUUUUCAUGAUGGCUUUUCAACUCAAUUCAGCAUUUUCAUAUUCUUUGGCAUAGUAUAUUUUUGUAUCUAUUUUUCUGCCAUCGUUGUAUAACUACGACAUGAAAAGAAUUUAGUUUUUGCUAAAGACGUUCCAUUUGAUAGCUUUGUUUUGUUCAUCUUAUCAACUUUGUCCAUAUCUCUCUCACUCUCAUGUUUUCUGCUGAUCUUUGAAAUUUUGCAGGAUAAUUAUUGUGACACUGGGUUGUAUUUUGCUAAAAUGGUAUUUUGUGGUAUAAGGUGUUUUUUUUAUGUUUUUUCAUUAACAGUCAUUAAUUUUGUCCUGGGGAGCUCUCAGUUUUUAAGGGGUUUCUUUAAACUUUUGUAGGUUUUUCCAUAAUGGCUUGAAGCUCUGAAUUUGAUACUUUUAUGAAUUAAGAUACAAAACAAGGUAAUAUAUACAUCUUUAAUAUCAUUAAAGAAAUUUUCCACCUUGCUUAUAUCUGCGAGUAAAAAUCUCAAUUCACAUCAAGUACGGCAGUCAAACGGAAGGUGUUGAAUCUGUCUGAACAACUGUAGCUUGUGUGCAGUAGAAAGGGACAUUCAAUUUUGUAUUCUUCCACUUUCCAGAAUGAAUUUUAGUCUGGUAACUAGAAUUGCUGAUGGAAUCAUAAUCAUACGAUCAGAAAAAGUAUUUACAUGUGGCUGAAUUACAUUAAUUAAAGGUCUGCUGCUGAAGUAUGUAAAUGAUACAAAAGUACAUGUAUUUUGGUAUUCUGUGCCCUGCAGUUACUGGCAAACAAUGUCAAUAUGUAGUUAUUGUGAAAGUAGGACUAUGAAAGAAACCGUGACCUCUAUCUAUAUGUUAUAAACUUUAACAUGGCUCAUACAGAAAGGAAAAGUCCUAAAUAUCAGCACUUUCUUGGAAAUGCCUUGGAAUUCUGUGCCAGUUUGAAAAAUUGGAAUAUUUCUGUCCCUGAAAUGUUUUGGAAAUGUUCUUGAACUUCAUAUUGGAAAGUCCAGGGGGAAAGUCCUCAAAAUCAUAUUAGGUGUCGGAAGUCUAUACAUACAAACAAUAUUUGAAAUCUGCAAGUAUUUUGAAAUAUUUGACAUAAUUAUUAAUGGGAAUCUUGAAAUUUUGGGAAAUGCCUAUCAUCUAGACAUGUUCACCCAAUAAAUUGUAUGGGGUAAGCAGGUUCUUCACAUCUCCACUUUUUCAAUCACUUUGUAGAUGUCUCUUACGGUACUGUUAAUUUGAGUGAGAGAAUUUCUGAAAAAUACUUUUUCUUUCUUUCAGAAUAUUUUAUUGUCAUGGUGGUAUUGACAGUAGGAAUUGGGCAACAGGCAGAGCCUAUGAAAGCCCUCUCCUUACAGUGCAUAAACAAGUAUACAGACACAUCAAUCAAAAUUAGAGAUAACAGAUAAUAAUAAUAUUAGGAAUAAGAAUGUAGAAGAUAGAUUAAAAUGGAUGAUUAUAUAACCGAAAUGCAAAAUAGGCAUCACCAUCGUUUGUAUUAUUGAGUUCCAGAACAGUAACAUAAACUAAAAGAUACAAAUUAGGUAUCACAAGAUAUUACAAGACUGGGUCAAAAAUACUAUUUAUAAAACAAAACAAAAAAAUAUGGGACCUUGUCAAAAAAAAGCUGUCGUGUAUAUAAAUCUAAAUAUUUAUGUGCAGAAAUGAAGUGCUUUUACAACCUUUACACUUGCUGUUGCACAAAAUUAAAGAUUCCCACAUCAAAUGUAGUGACAAAACAAUUAGCAUCCCCAGUUUAAAUGUGUCCUUAACAACAUGCUAAUUUUGUGAAUACAAACCGAAGUAAAGCAACUGUAGAGAACUUUAAAAGGAUUUAAUUUGUCUUUCUGAAAAGUCAUUGUGAUGUCUUAGUGAUACUAAACGUUUGUCUUAAUACUCUUUUUCAAUGUCAUUGUCAACGACAGGCAACAAAACUUGCCUGAAGGUGUAAACCUAUUUUAAUUUCCUAUCACUGAUGUAUGAAGCAAACUGAACAAUGGUAGAUAGAGAUGCACACUUUAUUCUACCUCCACAGUCUCAUGGAUUGAUUGGCGUCGUCUUCCAUCUGUUUAUGAAACCUUUUGUUGCAUGUACAUAUGUAUCGUGGACGAACAACAUCCAAAUGAUGCCUUCGAUUCCAAUUCUAAAAAAAAAAACGAAAAAUUGAUAGUAGGCUGUAUUUGUACUCUCGGAUUAGUUAAGUUAUUUAUAUAAUAUAGAUCUUGGGUUCAUACAUCGUCAAGUAUAUUCCUGAGCUGAUUGCCACAAGUUACAAAUGGUGCAUAGAUAUUAAUUAUACACCUGUUUAAUGUUACCUCAUUAACAACUUGUAAUGUUUUAAUCUUUAUACAAAAUUACAUUUGAUACCAUUUCAAUAGUUUUGAUGACCUUGUUUUGCGUGGCUACUUUAUGCCAUCGAAUAAUAUAAGUUGAAGCUCCUCAGAAACCAUUUAUGGAACAUUUCAUUAUUCAAAGUUGGGAUGGAUGGUAUGAUACCUUAAAGGAUAUGUAUAAGACGCAAGAAAAACUUUGAUGUCAAAGAAAGAAAAUAAUCCAUCUGCUGUUUAUAUUUCUUGAAUACUGGUACAAUAUCGAGAAGAAUGAUCUACGGAAUGGAUUUUUUUUAGUCACUUCAAUAUUUGGAGUGCAGCCAUUUUACAGGUGUUUUAGAUGUAGUUUUCAUGAAAUUCAUCAUACAUUUGACCAUUUUAUGCUUUGGACCAAGAUAAUUAAUGGUCUGAUGACUGAAUAAUUUGGAUUCCUGUGCAUUUGUGGGAAAAAACUUGAAGUUGAUGUCCAAACCUUCCCAGAUCCACAGAAGAUAAGGUUUUAGUGACUUUGUAGGCCAACUGAUAAAUGAACAUAUUUGAGAUGACUAAAUUUUGAAGUCACUCAUGUCAUAUAUCGUAAGUAUACAUCCUCAGUAAAGGAAUGGUAAGUAUUUAUGUUUAGAUGCAUACUUCUUUAAAGAAUGAGAUAACCAGGGAUAUCCAAUAUAAUUUUGAGAAAUGAUCACUGUCAUAAUUCUUCGUGAUUGAUGAGGGAUAUAUAUAUGGUGAUGAAUCCUUAACACACGCUGUUGUUUCAUUUUCUCAUCAUUUUGGGGUUUGGGGAAGCAAUCUGCUUUCAGCUGUUAAUAAGGAAAAACCACCGCAUCUGUGUUAAAAUAUACAGCAGCAUAUGUCUGAAAACUUGGAAAGUAUAAUAAUGUUUUCUUAAAAAUUUGGGAUAUUUGUUUUAUUUUUUCAUCAUUUCAAGGAAAUAGCAGUUUUUGGUUUGGGAAAACAGUCUGCUUUCAGCUGUAAACAGAAAAAAAACCCACUGCAUUUGUAUUCUAUAAAGAAAUUUCAUAAUGUGUUGUAUGCUAAGAAAAUGUGUUGCAAACACAUCGUGCUGAUCUUCAGAAGGUGAUCAGAAUGUAGAUAUUGUGCAUUAUGUUCCCUUCUCUAGACUAUGAAUCUAUAUUGAGGGGAAGGUUAGACUUUCAUAGUCAUACAUAAUAUAGGGAGAUGUUGAUUGCUUUGCCCUUUGUGGGUGAUUGUGUUGAACUGUUGACCUUUUAAGUUUUAUUUCAGAUUAUUUAACCCAGCAAAGACUUCUCUGUAAACAUCCAACUGUUCACUAGCUGCAGGGAUAUGAUCUUACAAGAAACAGUUAGGAGGGAAAGAUCUCCCGAUACUGGCAGACUUCAUAACCUUUGGUCUUAGCAUUUAUAGCUUUGAGUCCUCAUAAUGAGCAACAAAAUAAUGGACCCAAGAGAAGAUGCAUGUUAUUUCAUCAUGGAGGAUAGCAAAAAAAAUGGGUGUACUUGUUUAUAUCUGAUGUAUAUAUAUAUAACCUAUGAAGUUAACAGUUUCUGUAAUUUGAAUUGUUGAUGAAUGACUAUGAAACAUGUCUGUUUUCUAGCUUUGAAAUGACUGGGGAAACUAUGCCUUGUGGUUGUGAAAGGAUGCUGCAGAAUUUCAAACAAAACUGAAAUAUCAUUAUGUGUUUUCAACCUAAACCCUCAGAUUGUAUUAAUUGCAGCAAAAAGACCUGAACUGUUCAUUUUUAAAAUGCUGAAAAAGAACUUUAAAUUUCACAUGAUCAACCAUUGUCACAAAAAUUUUGGCUGUGAAAUAACAUGCAAUCACUUUUAAAUUGAUGGAAUUGAUGCUGUGUAACGAUAGUGCACUGCAUAUGGGAAAUAUCUUAGUAUAUUUCAUUUAGAAUCGGAAAUGCACAUGAAUAUUAAGUAGUGAACAUAAAAAUGUUGUCAAGUGACAAAUUACCAUAAACAAAUACAAAAUAAUGGCACUCUUAAGUGCGUUUACCAUUUUUUCCUCUUCAUCAUAGGUUGCAGAUGUUGAUUCACUUUUGCUGAAAAUGAUGUUUUUUUUCCGAUAUCUGAUUGUGUCAAAUCUGCAUAUACUGGUAUAUGAAUUCAUAAGACUAGAUAUAUUCCUGGUGAAUAGACGAUUUCACUAGCUGAGUGAUGAAGCUAAGUGUAAAGAUGGACGAAUGUUAAUUAUUGAUAUUGAAUGAAAUAGUGAAUCAUCUGUGAUUAAUGGGCUAUUGGGAUUCUGAAUGUGAAGCUUUUUAACCAAAUAAAUUGUUCUUAAGAUAUA